GCGGACCCCCAUUGGGAGUCUAAAGUACUCGAACGCCCACACCUUGAAUCUCAUCUCGAUGAUGACUCCAUUCUCCCGCCUUUGAACCUGCCUGGAUGUCGCUACAUUACGAGUUUUGAUCCUGCGUCAGGGCUUCACCUUGACACGUACCUUGCGGACGGCGAAGAUGACAUUGCCAGAAAGAUUGACCGUGCCACCGCGGCCUCCAUGACGUGGAAGAAAACGACAUUUAGACAAAGGAGACGCGUCAUUAGGAGCUUGAUGAAGUGGCUUGUUGACAAUCAGGAAGUUGUCGCUCGUGUCGCAUGCCGCGAUACAGGGAAGACGUUGAUUGAUGCUGCCUUGGGUGAAAUUCUGACGAUAUGCUCCAAGAUGGAAUGGCUGCUGGACCACGGAGAAAAAGCACUACAACCGGAAACGCGAUCAACGAACUUCAUGAUGUUUUAUAAAAAGUCCCAGGUACACUAUGAUCCUCUGGGGGUUGUGGCUGCGAUAGUUUCGUGGAACUAUCCGCUACACAAUGCUUGGUCACCAAUCUUGGCUUCCAUAUUCGCUGGAAACGGUGUUGUUCUGAAGUGCUCUGAACAAGUUAUCUGGUCUACGGGAUGGUUUGUUGGAGCCAUCGAAGAGUGUCUUCGUGCAUGUGGUCAUGAUCCCGACUUAGUUCAAGUUGUGUGUUGCUACCCUGAACAAGCUGAUGCUCUCACUCGGUCUCCACAUAUCAAACAUAUUACUUUCAUUGGCUCUGAAACUGUUGGACGUAAAAUUGCACUGGCGGCGACAGACCACCUCACUCCGGUGACACUUGAACUUGGAGGCAAGGAUCCUGCCAUCAUUCUUCCCGACACUGAUCUCAAGAAAUGGGUCAGCUUGUGGUUCCGCGGAGUCUAUCAAAACAUGGGCCAAAACUGCAUUGGAAUUGAGAGACUUAUCGUCCAUUCCAAGCAGUAUGACGAGCUUUACGAAAUGUUUACCGAGCUUGCGGAAAAAUUCCGUGAAGGUUAUGUAACGACUGUCGACGGAGGGUCGAUGAUUUCCGGUGACCGGUUCCGCGGACUAGAAAAAAUCAUCCGCGAUGCUACUGAGGCUGGCGCCCAGGUUGUAGGUGGGAAGGAAUACAAACAUGGACACGACCAGCUCGUCAACGGUUAUUUCUUCUCCCCGACCGUUGUUGGGCCGGUUGAUACGAAAAUGGAUAUAGCAAACCAAGAACUGUUCGCCCCCGUCGCUGUCUUGAUGCCCUAUGAGGACGUUGAAGAGGCGAUCGAAAUUGCGAAUGGCACAAGAUACGGACUCGGCGCCAGUGUCUUUGGUCCAGACCAAGAUCAAUGCGUUAAGGUUGCGAAACAGCUGGAGUGUGGCAUGGUUUCAAUCAAUGACUUUGGAGUAUUCUAUAUGAAUCAGGAUUUGCCCUUUGGAGGAACCAAGUACAGCGGUUAUGGAAGAUUUGGUGGACCAGAAGGUCUUCGCUCUCUGACAAAUCCAAAGGCCAUCAUGGUCGACCGCUGGCCAAGCUUGAUUCAAACCUCCAUCCCGAGAGUUAUGGAUUAUCCUCUUCGUUCUAUUGCUUACAGUUGGCAAUUUACAAGCGGAUUGAUUCGCUUUGUUUAUGCUCAUGGCUGGCGCGCCAGGAUACGCGGUCUCAUUUCACUCAUCCAAGCAGCUCGAACCGGAAAGGCGUAA